UCUUCCAAUUAUAAUACACUACAAGCAAGAACACAGACUCUAGAUGGAAAAAGUCGUCGCUAGAGGUUAUUUCAGACACGCGACACAUUUGCCCUCUUGUUUCGGGCGAAACCAAAUUCAUUUCCUUCUCUAUCUCUCACAUUUUUAUCUCUCUCCCUUUACUUUCAGACCCAAACCCUAAAUGCAGAAAUCCCAAACGGAGAGACUCCACCAAAUCGGAAACCAUCUUCAGCUCCCACUCCCAUUUCUCCCUCCCUCAGUUAGCACAAGCACAAGAGUAGCUCCGGUCUCUGUCCUUCUCUCAAUUUCCUUCGGAUUGUAAGAGUACUAAACCCACGACCAGACGCGUGUUUGUGAUCUCCUAAUUAUCAGGACAACUUGAAUCCACUUGUUAGAGCAGAGAAAAUUAAGAUGAAACGUCAGAUUAGAAGAGAGAGCUCAAGUGUGGAAAUCAAGGUUCAGUAUUGAGAAAGGUUGUGAGAGCUGGGUUUGGGGAACUGUAUUGAGAAGCACAACUGUUGGGAAAGUGCUUGCUCAGGGAUUGAGAGGAAAACACCUGUGUGAUUGAGUGGUUAGAGAGUUUGAUCCAAGAUUGUUUCAAGAAGCUCCAUUGAAGUCUUGUACUCAUUUCCCUGAUUGAAUAAAGAAUAGAUAGUGGUUUCUAAAACUGGAUUAGGUUCAAGAUCACAUUGAUCUUGUUCUGAACCAGAAUAUAUACUUGUGUUGAUUUAUGCUUUCAUAUUUUUCGUUUUCUAACUGUUUGAUACUUAGUCUUAUCGAUUUGUGUUCUUAGAAUCAUCUCUGGUUCACUGAGAUUCAUCUAAGGUUCUUGAACUGGGAAAUUUAUCCUCAUUUCCAACAAAAUCAUAGCCAGGUUCUUUGAUCAAAACGAGAGAAGAAAGUUCAUGAUCCUAAAGCUUCCGCAUUACAACUGAUACAGAACACAAGCUAGAAGAUUAUGUCAAGCAUGGCCAAGUUCGAGCUUGAGAAAUUUGAUGGUACAAACAAUUUCUCAUUAUGGAGAGAAAGUCUUAAAAGAAUUUUGGUACAUCAAAAAGUAGCCAAGAUUCUUGGAGAUCAGAAGUUGUUGGCUGAUAAGAAACCUGAAGAAAUAGCUAAGAUGGAAGAAAUGGCCUAUUACACUGUUAUCCCCAUUUCCUGACGUGGGCCCGGGACGACGGUCUAGGCCCAUGGACUGGGCUUUCGAAUGUGGGUCCGGCCCAAGCCCGCUUGGUACUGGAAUAUCCAAGGGGCACGACCCUAGUGCGAUUCUGGGCCAGGACGGUGUCCGGGAUGGUGAUCCAGGAUAGCUGUCUAGGAGACAAACAGAGCUCAGAAUCCCGUUGAAGUAUACGUAAAACGGUCUCGGAGUCUGGUAACGGUCCGGGCAUGUGGUAAACGAAGAGGGACAAAGGUAAACGAACCCGGAUCAGGUCGGCCCCGGUUGGUAAGGAAAAGCAUCCGUCACCUUGAAGCCGCCCCACUCCGCGUGGGGGUUGUCCCCAUUUUUCACCUGCAGAAAAGGCCACCUCGGGAUUGCACGCCGCUGUUUCAGAUCUGCACUGCCAAGUACUCUGACUGGUCUUGUCCCCUGAAUCUGCCUCGUAACUCGAAGUGCCCAGAUCAAAAGCACUGUUUUGUCGGGCGAAAUAUAGUUCUUGGGCCACCCUAUUAGGCCUUAAUUAGUCAUGAGUCUAUGUAUGUUUUAUCUUUUAUAUUGGGCUUCCACCAGAGAAGCCAAGAGUAUCCAUAUCUCUGAUGGGCCCGGGUAGUACCUGGCCCAGACCCAGUGUUCCCAUGAGCCUAUAAAUACAGGCGAUAGAACACUGGGAAAAAGAUCUCCCUUCGACAUAUAGACAGUUACUCUGUCAAAACAUAGAGAAAAAAUCCAUUGUAGAAGAUUUUCCAAGCUCUAAUACAACUCACUCGUGGACUAAGGCUCAUUAACGCCCCAACCACGUAAAAACCUUGUGUUAAUCUUCUAUAUUUCAUAUCUUUAUUCUUAGCUAAUAUUCAUUAGUGUGGUUUCCGAGAAUCUCGGUAAACAUUUUGGUGCUUUCAUUGAGAGCUGAAGAAAGCUAGUGCUAACACCAAGCCUUUACUACAAUGGUGAACACGCGACACACAACGUUCGACCCUAGUAAUCCGGAGCAGGGCAAUGGAGAUCCGUUGCCUUCCUAGCAUCUUCCUCAAAAUCCGCUUGAGAACGCUCCUCCGCAAACUUCUCACCAUGACGAGUCACAAGAAUAUGAGGGUGGGAUGGAAUACGAAGAGGAGAACGAGGAGGAAUAUUAUGAAGAGGAAAAUGAGGGGAGUACCACGAUGAAGCUGCAGAUCCCAGGUUCCCGAAGGAGAGCCCAACCAGCAGGACUUGGAGGUGACUAGACUGAGGCAGCAAGUCCUAUACCAGGAGGCUAAGAUCGCUGAGCAAGCGGAGGCGCAUCAGCGGAUGCAAGAGUCUCUCCAAGCUGUCCGGCAACAAAUCCUACAGCUGUCCCAAUUCCCGGAGCGCAACCGCUCGCUCCGCAAGACCGAGCCGGGGUCCCCGAAGAAGCAAGGCAGGCCCCUCCCCCAGAGCAGUUUCCUGAGCCAGCCCCAGGAAACCCGGACAGGGAGAAAAGGAAGGCCGGUGGAAAGACCCGAGAAAAGAACACCCCCGUCACAAAAGCUGGGACCCGUUCCCGGCCAUUCCCUAGGAAAGAAAAGGUGCGCCCCGUCCCAAGACGAGGCCACCCGAUCGAUCCGCAGGGGACGCGGCCGCAAAAUGCACGACCCCGGCACGCCCCAGGGCGAGGCGAACGGGAAAGGUCUUUGCACCCAAGUGCCUCGGUUAACAAAAACCGUCGGGAGUAGCCGCGCAGCGAGGAGCGACAUGCCCUUAGUUCAGGGGACGAUACGUCCCAGAUAGGCCUACGCGACGGACUGAAAACUCGGAAGGAGCGGGCCCGUAAAGAAAAAAUUCUCCCCCGAGGUGGCGACCUUAGGAACAACAUCAAUGACAGGAGGAACGAAAGAAUCCCCCUGGAGGAUGACGCAGCAAAGCAGCUCAUUGAGCAACUGGCCGCGUUGAAAAAGGUCACGGACCAUUUGGUCCGCAAGCAGGAAGGAGUGGAUACCGACUCCGAUGAGGAAGAUAAAGAGCCCUGCGUGAGGCACAUCUUGGACGUUGUACUCCCCAAGGGGCUCAAGAUGUCGAGCCUCACCGCCUAUACUGGAAACACCGACCCCAGGGACCAUCUGUCCCGAUACAACCGGCUCAUGACAGUGACGACGGCAAGUGCCUAUGUUUCUUGAUCACUCUAGGUGGUCCCACCGAGGAGUGGUGGAAGAGACUUAAGCCGGGAUCCAUCCAAUCUUGGUCCAGACUGCAGUCAGCGUUUCGCAAGCAGUUUGUGGCCGUCAUGAGGAUGGACAUGCAGAUCAGCGCCCUCGCAAAUAUCAAGAAGAUCCCCACGGAAACACUGAGGGCCUACAUCCAGCGCUUCACUGAAGAAGCCUCCAAAACAAAGGUGGACGACGGACAGCGCCUAGUGGCUUUGCAGUCUGGGAUCCGGGCGGGAUCCCCCCUUUGGGAUGACAUGCAGCGGACCAAGGCAGCUACCUUGGAAGAGUUAAUCAGGAGGGCCCAAGGAUUUAUCAAUUGGGAAGAGGCCCAGAUCCAGGCUUUCAGGUGGCCUCCGGCACCACAGCCCAUCGCCCAAUCAUUCCCAGGGUACGGGGUGCAGUUCCCGGCGCAGUCCUAUGUCACGCCCCUGAUCGCCUCGGGAUCGGCCGUCACGCCCGGAGUCACCUACACCCCUAUAGUGUACGAUCCUGUCACUUCGGGGUAUGCCCCGGCCCAAUCCACCCACUUCUCCGGAUAUGGAGCCGAGCCAUCAGGGCACAGCGUUGCCCCUGUCGGGGCCCAACAGUCACAGGCGGGAGUGACAGAAGCAAGCGUGAACCCCUCCCGGGGGAAGCGAUCUGGCAAAGGCCAGAACCGGCCCGAGCCGGUCAAGAAGGAAAGAAGGGGCUACGAGCCCCAAUACUCGGAAUACACCAAUCUGAUGGACACCAGGGAGAACAUCUACCUGGCCACCGAAAGGGCGGUUCACUACCGGAAGCCUAGCCCCAUGUUCAAGGGAGGAAGGAAUCUGAGGGAUACCAGCAAAAGGUGCGCCUAUCAUAAGGAUGUAGGCCACACUACCGAAGAAUGUCGGCAGCUCAAGGACGAGAUCGAAAAUCUCAUCAAGUUGGGGCAUCUCCACCAGUGGGUCAGGAUGCCCGUGGGAGUCCCGGGCCUGUUGGCAGGCCCCGGACAACCCACGGUUCCAGGAGCGCCCAGGGCAUACCCGCCUCAGGGAGGGUAUGCGCAGGGACCGACGGCGCAGGCCCCUCAUGGGGCCCCUGUCUCGCAAGCUCCCAGCUCCAGAAUGCCUUACCCAUCCGGGGCCGCACCCCCUCGAGUGGAUGGGCAUAUGACCACUAUCUUGGGCGAACCUCACCUGGGAGGACCAUCCAGGAAUGACCAAAAGUGCUACCUGAGCGUACUGGACCAUGAUCAAGAGGUAUGCGCCCUUGUCCAGGCCCCGGCUUAGUGCCCAAAGUUGAUGAACCUCCCCAUCACAUUCACGGAGGACGACGCUCGCAAUGUCCACUUCUCGCACCAUGACCCGAUGGUCAUAGAUGCGCAAAUCGCCAACAAGUUGGUGUCCCACGUGUUGGUGGAUGACGGGAGCUCCGUCAACCUUUUGUUCAAGCCCGCCUUCACCGUCAUUGGCUUGACCGAAGCGGAUGUGGCAUCGUGCCCAACCCUGAUUUACGGCUUCAAUGGAGACGCUCUACUCCCCAUGGGGAAGAUCCAGUUGCCCGUUACGUUGGGAAGUGAGUUGCAACACUCGUUCAAAUUCUGCACCUUUGUAGUGGUGGAUUGCCCCACCGCUUACAACGUCAUUUUCGGCCGGCCCGCUCUUGUAGAAUUCGGGGCCAUCACCUCCAUCCGUCAUCUUUGUAUGAAGUUCCCUUGCGACAACGGAGGGGUGGGCACCGUCCGGGGAGAUCAGAAGAGUGCCCGAAAGUGCUACCACGUGUCAGCCCGGUCGAUAUAUAUGGUCCGGGACGAGCCCGUUGAAGAUUUCAUCGACCUGCUUCCUCCCCCACCUACUGAGAGGGUGGUCCAGGAAGAAGAUGACCUGGACCCGAGGAUAGGGGAUGACCGCGCCCUAGAGCCAAUGGACGAGAUAGAUGAGGUAUGUAUCAGUGACACCGAUCCAACCCGGAUCAUCCAAGUCAGAAAAAGUCUGCCGGCGGAUGUUCGGGCCGCCAUCAUCGCCCAAGUUAAGGAAAACCAGGAUAUCCUGGCCUGGUCUCACUCAAACAUGACGGGGAUCGACCGCAACAUCAUCUGGCACGCGUUAAGUAUUGACCCAAACGCGACCCCAGUCCGCCAGAAACGCAAGCCUUUGGGGACGGAGAGGGCCGAGGCCCUUAAGCUGGAAGUUGAGAAGUUGUCUUCUAUCAACUUCAUACGCGAGGAUGUGUACCCCAUUUGGUUGGCCAAUCCCGUCUUGGUGCCGAAACCAAACGGGACAUGGAGAAUGUGCAUCGACUUCACAGAUCUCAACAAAGCCUGUCCGAAGGACUGUUUCCCGCUGCCCCGGAUUGACCAAAUGGUGGAUGCUACGUCCGGGUACGAGAUCUUAAGCUUCAAGGAUGCUUACUCCGGCUACAAUCAGAUCUCUAUGCAUGUGGCAGAUCAAGAGCACACCAGUUUCCAGACCGAUAAGGGGAUAUACUGCUACAUAGUCAUGCCCUUCGGACUGAAAAACGUGGGGCAACCUAUCAAAGGCUUGUCAAUCGGAUGUUUCGGGCCCGGCUAGGGCGAAACAUGGAAGUCUACAUCGACGACAUGAUGGUCAAGUCCAAGACUUCCGGGAAGCAUGUGGACAACCUAGCUGAAGCUUUCGCAGUCAUUCGGAAGUACGGGAUGAAGCUGAAUCCCAAUAAGUGCACUUUUGGUGUGGCCUCCGGGAAGUUCCUGGGCUUCAUAGUGAGCUUCCGGGGAAUAGAGGCCAGUCCAUAUAAGAUCAAGGCACUGAUCGAUAUGCCUUCUCCCCGAAAGCAUAAGGACGUGCAAAGCCUGACGGGGCGGAUAGCCGCCUUAAGCCGUUUCGUUUCCAAAGCCACGGACAAGUGCAUCCCGUACUUCAACGUCCUUUAGGGAAGCCAGCGUUUCGAAUGGUCAGUUGAGUGCGAAGAAGCCUUUUGUAAACUGAAAGAACAUCUGGCCCAAGCUCCGAUCCUGGCGAAACUGAUAGAUGGGGAACCUCUGUACCUCUAUCUGGCAGUGACAGAGCACGCGAUCAGCGCAUUGCUGGUACGGGAAGAGGAGAGGACGCAGCUCCCGGUGUAUUAUGUAAGUAAGCGAUUGUUGGACGCUGAGUCUCGGUAUCCAUUGAUUGAGAAGCUGACCUUUUGCCUGCUAAUGGCAUCCCGGAAGCUCCGGCCUUACUUCCAGGCCCACGCCAUAAAGGUCCUGACUAACCACCCCCUGGGGCAAGUGUUACAGAAGCCCGAGUCAUCGGGAAGACUCCUGAAGUGGGCCAUGGAGCUAAGUCAGUUCGAUAUAUCCUACGUCCCUAGAGUGUCCAUCAAAGGGUAAGCCCUGGCCGAUUUCAUCGUUGAAUGUUCCGGGGUAUCUCAGGAAGACAAUGAUCCCGAGGUCAUCGAGGCACCCGUAUGGAAGGUCUUCAUGGACGGGGCCUCGAAUGAGAACGGGGCCGAGGCCGGGAUCAUCUUGGUGUCACCGCAGGGACACCAGUUACAAAAUGCUCUUCGUUUCCAGUUCAAGGCAUCGAAUAACGAAGCGGAGCAUGAAGUUGUCCUAGCCGGGUUGCGUUUGGCCCGGGAGGUAGGGGCAGCGAACUUGGAAAUCUACAGCGAUUCCCAGCUGGUUGUCAGGAAAAUCUCGGGGGAAUAUCAAACUAAAGGAGAGAGAAUGGCGGCUUAUGUGACCCAGACGAGAGAGAUGCUGCAGGCGUUCACAAGGCACUCCAUUCGCCAGAUCCCCAGAGAGCAAAAUGUCUUUGUGGACACACUAGCAAAGCUGGCCACCGACACCGAAGCGAAACUGGCUGGGCUAGUCCCCGUCAACCACCUCCCCAUCCCAAGCAUCAGGGCCCCCGCGGUCCACACCGUCGAUCACUCCACAUCAUGGAUGGGACCGCUUAUCUGCUACCUGACAGCCGGGGAGGUACCAGCCAACAGGGCCGCAGCCAGGAAGCUUCAGUACCAAGUCCACCGGUACAUCAUGAUGGACGGAAAACUCUAUCGCCGGGGGUUGUCCAUGCCUUACCUCAGGUGUGUGUCCGGGACGUAACUAAGCGCCAUCAUGCAUGAAGUGCACGAAGGCUUCUGCAGAGAUCAUACAGCCAGGCCCAGUCUGUCCAAGAAUAUCCUGCGCCAAGGAUACUUCUGGGCGACCAUGAAGAAAGAUUGUAUUGAUUACGUUCGCAAAUGCGAACAGUGCCAGAGGUACGAAAAGGUUUCGCGGGCCCCCCAAUAGAAAUAACCUUGAUGACUAGCCCCUGGCCCUUCGCGGUGUGGAGGAUCGAUCUGGUGGGAUCGCUCCCAACCGGGAAGGGAGGGGUGAAGUAUGCCAUCGUGGCCAUGGACUACUACACCAAGUGGGUUUAGGCGGAGCCCAUGAACACAGUCACUUCCAAGAAGGCAUUGGAUUUCGUCAUCAACAACAUAGUGUGUCGUUACGGCCUCCCUUACAAAAUUGUAUCUGACAACGGGAAGCAGUUCGACAGCGCCCACUUCACGGAUUUUUGCGAGAGACACGACAUCGUCAAGAGCUUCUCCGCGGUUGCCAGGCCCCAGGAAAACGGGUAGGCAGAAGUCGUGAACAAAAUCUUAAAAGGGAUGCUAAAGAAAAAGCUCCAGGCCUGCAAGAGCAAAUGGCCCGAGGAACUGCCCCGCAUACUGUGGGCUUACCGGACGACCGAGAGGACAUCGACCGGCCACACUCCUUACUCCAUGGUCUAUGGAUAUGAAGCCGUCAUCCCCAUCGAGAUGACCAUCCCGUCUCAUCGAAGAGACACGUACGACCCCGCCCAGAACCACGCCUUACUCCAAGAAUCACUAGAUCUCAACAAGGAGAUCCGGGAGGAGUCGCAGGUGCAGCUGAAGAUGUACCAAGGCAAGAUCGCACGACACUUCAACUCGAAAGUCAAGAGCCGAAAAUUUAGAACCGACGACUUAGUCUUGCGAAGAGUCUUCUCUACCACUUGAGAUCCAGGAGUGAGGGUUCUAGGCCCAAAUUGGGAGGGGUCGUACGAGAUCCAGCACGAAGUGUGCCCCGAGACAUACCGCUUAAAGCAGCUCAAUGGCUCGGAAGUCCCGCGAGCCUGGAAUGCGGAACAUCUCCGUAAAUACUAUCAAUAGUCGGGAAAGUGUGUUCCAAUUUAGUAUUUUCAUUGUAAACGAUGUACGGCUCAGGGAGACCCAUUUUUAAUAAUAAACAUGGCGUGUACAAAAUGUCAUAAAGAAAUAUUGUAAAACAAUGAGAAUCUUUCCCAAGUGACCACAAACCAGUCUUCGCUCACUUGCGGGGCGUAUCCCGGGUAUAAGCGAAUACCCGGCGGGGCGCAAGCUCAGGCUAAUCCCGGUUCGGACCAACGAGGUCCAGGUGCUACAAACCCCGUGGGACCGAGCCUAAGGCCGGUCCCACCCCAGAAGAACGAUGUCCGAGGUAUAAAGUUAAGAGGACCGAGCCUAAGGCCGGUCCCACCCCGGACGAACGAUGUCCAGGGUAUAAAGUUAAGAGGACCAAGCCUACGGGCCGGUCCCGCCCCAGACGAACGAUCUCCGGGGGUAUAAAGUUAAGAGGACCGAGCCUAAGGCCGGUCCCCCCCUCCCCCCCCCCCCCCCGGAUUAACGAUGUCCGGGGGUAUGAAAUUAAAAAGGACCGAGCCCAAGGCCGGUCCCGCCCCGGACGAACGAUGUCCGGGGGUGUAAAUUAAAUAGGACCAAGCCCAACGCGGGUCCCACCUCGGACGAGCGAUGUCCGGAGGUAUACAAUAGAAAGGACCGAGCCCAAGGCUCGUCCCGCUCCGGACGAGUGAUGUCUGGGAGAGAGAAGCAUCCGGUAUGCCCCAAGGAAAAGCUGUGGCCUACAACUGAUAAAGGGAGAACAAGGUUCCAAAAUAAACUCAGCCCCGUUGGCCCUGGCCGUUGGAGCCGGGAUUAGAAAUUUGGCGGUUAGGUCUGAAAACUCGACAAGCUAGUUAGUUGGUCUAGUCCAGGCCGUUGGAAUCGGGAUCAAACCCUUAGAAUCAAUUAGGCGCGGCAAUAAAAUGAAAUUUCUACUCGGAAUAACAAAAAGAAAUAUAUAUAUAUAUAAACCGGAGAAAAUAACAGUGUUUUGGACGCGUACGCGUCCGAACAAGUUACAAAAUUACAAAGAAAAAAUAGACAAGGCGAGGAUCCGGGCCUAGGCUUCAUCCGCCAGGAGGUCCGCGUCUUCCUUCUUCUUGGCCUCGAACUCGACCCGCUUUGAUUCCGGAUUGGGGAAGACCAGGAGGUUCAUACUCUUGUCCUUGCACCAAGCCAUGUAAAUGGCCUCCUCGAAGGUGACCUCCAGCAUGCCCUCUGCGUCCUCCUUCUCGCGGCGGGAUGCUUCAUGCACUGCCUUCUCCUCGAGAAGAGAAUCGCCCAGUUUGCAGACCCGGGCCUUCAAGUUCUAGAUCUCCUCCUUGUCCUGGACGGACUAAGCCGCGGCCGCCUCCAGAAGUGUUGCCUUCUCAUCGGCCUCUUUUUCCUUCCGGGACAAAGCCUCUUCUAGUCCGGCCUUGAUGCGGUCGAAAUCCUCGCGAUUCGCCUGGGCCUGGGCCGUCCCCCUGGCAAAGGCCUCCUUGGCAGCCUCCCUCUGAUUCGCGGCCGCCUCCAGCUCUAGCUUGGCCAUCUCCAUCUUCAUGGCCAGCUCGGCCACCAGAUCGGCACUCCGAUGGGACAGCAGGUCAACAUGGAGCAAAGAAAAGUUAGGAGAAAUCCUUAUUAACAAGUAAGAAGGGGGAAGAAAAAGACGAGUAAAACUUACUGCGGUGGCCUGAUGACGGAGAGCCUAGGAAAUGAAUAGCACGUCUGGGUUGGCUAUCGUGGCGUACUUCUUGAGUUGGAGGUUGGACAUGGUGUUCCCCACCUAGUUCAACAGGUCCGCCGCCAAGGGGGUCGUGUCCUGCCCAAGCUUAAGGCGAAAGCCUGUUUCAGCGGCUGGCCGAUCCACGAUCGGCUGAGGGGCGCUGAACGUCGCCGGACGCUCCGCAAAUUCUACUUGACGGCGGAUGGUCAGGGCCCUGUAUGUUUCGUCCCUCCAGUCUCGACCGUUUUCCCAAGUCAGGUUGAUCAGCGGGACUGCUCAUCUCGCAUAACUGCCUCCCCAUCCUCGAGAAGAGUCGGGUGUAUGAGAAGAACUGGCGGGGCAGGGAUCUCUUUCGCGGCGAGCCGACUCUCGCCGUGCGACUCGUCGGCCGAGCCAGCCAGCCUCUUCCCGAUGUUGGCCUCUUCAGCGCCGGCAUCCAGCCCCUUUUUCCCAGAGUUUUGGCUGCCCGCUACACACCCCGCCUCCAGGUCUAUCACCGGGUGUUGGGGGGGGGGGGGCGAAGACUGCAGCCGGCUCCAUGGCUUGAAUGGGGAUUGCGGCAAAGGCUCCCCCACCGGGACGAAGCUCCAUCCCAAACGCAUCCUUCUUGAGACUGGGUUCCGAGCCCUUCUCCUCGUUGGCUUUCCUGGAAGCUUUCCUAGCCGCCCUGUCCUUGAGGAGCUGCCUCAUUUCGCUAGCGGGAGUAGACAUGUCGGAGUCUCCUGCAAAAGCACAGAAAAGGGAAUUAGUAUGACAAACCAGACAAAAGAAAAAGAAAAAUAAAUAUCAUCAAAACUAAUAAUGACCCGGGACAAACCCUCAUCUAUGCCCCGGGCGCGACUCAACUCUUCUAAAGCGAAGGAAUGGACUCGGUCCCCCAUAUCGUCCGGGUUCAGGAAAUUCUCGUACUGAAGGAACCUGGAUAAAAACAUAAGGACCUCCGAACCUACGGGGACGGGAGUCAAAGGUCUCAUCUCCCCAUCAGCCCCGAACGCGGGGCCUCGGAGUACUAGCCUAUCCCUAGCUAAGUCCCCAACUUGGGGAGCACAAGUCAAGAUUAAAGGGGAGUUACCUCGCCCCGAUACGCUAGCCCCGGGAGUCCCCGUGUUCGGUAGGGCGUCCUGGAAGAGCUCCUCCAGCUCCUCCGAAGAGGCUGGCUUCGUCUAGGCCUGGUCCUUCUUUCGCUGGGCCGCGUCAGCUCGCGCCGCCUUCUCCACUUCUGCGAUGUGGUCCAAGGCCAGUUGUUCCUGGACGGCGACGUUCUUCUCGCAGGCGAUGCCCCGAAGGUUCGGGAUGACGAUGGUUUGGUUGGCCGUCAGCAUCCCGACCACUCGGAGGUUGUCCGUGUUAACGUAGCCACCUACGUCCAGGUCAUUCGCGCUCAGCCCGGAGUAAAACUUCCUCCAUUCCAUGAUGAACUUGGUGAGGGGAGUUUGAGUGAAAGGUCCUGCCACCCGGAAGAACAUGAUGAGAAAUGGAGAAAAAGAGAAUAAAAACAAAGAGAAAAAGGAUCGGGGAAGCACUUACCCACUCGCUGGAAGUCCAGCAGCAGUGUAGGGUUCUUCUCCACGAGGAACCCGGACGUCAUAAACCAAUAAUGACGGACGUCCGGGGGAUGCUUCCAGGAGAUGGUGGGAGCGGGGUAGCUACCUCGUGGCUUCAUUCUAUAGAAGCCAUCCAAGGUCUUGUCCUUGACGUUGAUCUGCGGCUCCAUCUUGUAGAAAUACAAGAUUUCCGCAGGGGUCGGUUCCGUGAUCUCCUGCGCGAUGCAGAACACUCGCCAUCCCGCGAGUAGUCAGUACGCUUACGGCAGGAGUUGGAACGGCGCGAUUCCCACAUACGUCAGGAACCGCACGAAAUAGUCGUGAAGCGGGAGCGUGGCUCCCACGCUGAUGUGGCCGGCGCUCCAGGCCCCGAACCCUUCUACAAACGUGUGCGCCCGCUCCUCGAUCCUGGCCAUGCGGUUGUGGAAAAGUCCAGGAGUGGAUUCGAUACCCAAACGCUUCUCCAGGAGGUACAUCAUCCGGUAAUUUCGGAACAGGUUGGGCACGACGUCCAUUUCCCACAUGUUGCCCGUAGGUAUCCGAGACCCAGGGAUGACGACAGGGGCCCUAUUGACUUCUUCCUCGGAGUGGAGUGUGACGCCCGUUGUCAUAGUUGAUGAUCUAGGAGCAAAGAAAGAAAGCGAAGCAGUCAGUACCUAAACCCAAGAAAUUCGGUUAGGGUACGGGGGUCUCCUAAGGACUGCUUGGAGCCCCUUCGGAUCGGGUCCGGGAUCGCCAAGGAACCACGAGACCCUGAUCGGGAACAAAAAAAGAGCUACUAAGGCUCCGCCAUCUGUCCGGGAAGCAUCCAGAUACGGAGCAACCCGAGCCAGGCGGCCUUCCUAACAGCUCCUAAACGUAAUCAGAUUCUAGCAGCCUAAACAUGCGAAUUAAAAGAAAAGCCUAAGUUCAUAUAUUCAUCAAGAAUGUCAUAAGGACUUACUGUGAGUUGUUGGCCGUAGAAGAUGGUGGUUGUCUGACGGUAAGAAUGGCAAAACUUCGUUCUUGAAAUGGUGAAGCCGGUUCAGCAAUUCGUCGAUAGGACAGACGCAGGACGAGUUCUCAGGCGGAUGGGCAGACGCUGGGGCCGUAGGGAAUAGGUGACGGCAUAGAGUUAGCAGACGAUAGUGGAUGUCGCCGGCGAUAUCGGACAUGCAAAUCUUGGGCAAAGCUGAUCAAUUCUAUUGUCAAAUGAGCGUCUGUGGGGUAUUUAUAAAGGCCCAAAUCCUGGCCUCUGAUCCAACGGACAAGUGUCUCCCCAUCGGACGGUCCAGAAUCGUGCAGGGGCAUUUAUAAGCCCUCUCGGGCUGGAUCCUCGCCAUCUCAGAUCUAACGGCCCAGGAGGGGCGAAUGCCAAAGGUCACCCCAUCCUACGGUCCACCUCAACCCAGAAGUAUUAAUGAUGGACCCCCGUGUGGAUGGGACGCUUCGAGAUCUGUGCUGACACACUAGCCUAGGCCUAGCGACCCUUGAGAUGGCUAGGCGACCUUUCAAGGUCGAGACCCAUCCAUGCAGCAGUCACCUGGGGACAUGUGUACCCCUGUCACGAAAUGGGACAAAAGUAAACGUACCCAGACAUUGGUAAAUGGUCCGGGCCCAGCAUACGGCCAACGUCACUGCCCUCUAUCACGGACCCACGAUUCCAAUCGAGAACUGGGAAGGCAACCGUGGAUCGUCCGGGAGCAAGGCAGGCCUCCACCUAGCGGCCCCAGGCAAAGGCUGGGGGUAAAUGUUAUCCCCAUUUCCUGACGUGGGCCCGAGGCGGCGAUCUAGGCCCAUGGACUGGGCUUUCGAAUGUGGGCCUGGCCCAAGCCCGCUUGGUACCGGAAUAUCCAAGGGGCAUGGCCCUAGUGAGAUUUUGGGCCCGGAUGGUGUCCGAGAUGGUGAUCCAGGAUAGCUGUCCGGGAGACAAACAGAGCUCAGAAUCCCAUUGAAGUAUAUGUAAAACGGUCCCGGAGUUUGGCAACAGUCCGGGCCUGUGUAAACGAAGAGGGACAAAGGAAUACGAACCCGGAUCAGGUCGCCCCCAGUUGGUAAGGAAAAGCAUCCGUGACCCUGAAGUCGCCCCACUCCGCGUGGGGGUUGUCCCCACUUUUCACCUGCUGAAAAGGCCACCUCGGGAUUGCACGCCGCUGUUUCAGAUCUGCACUGCCAAGUACUCUGACUAGUCUUGUCCCCUGAAUCUGCUUCGUAACUCGAAGUGCCCAGAUCAAAAGCACCGUUUUGUCGGGCGGAAUAUAGUUCUUGGGCCACCCUAUUGGGCCUUAAUUAGUCAUGAAUCUAUGUAUGUUCUAUCUUUUACAUUGGGCUUCCACCAGAGAAGCCAAGAGUAUCCAUAUCUCUGAUGGGCCCGGGUAGUACCCGGCCCAGACCCAGUGUUCCCAUGAGCCUAUAAAUACAGGCGAUAGAACACUGGGAAAAAGAUCUCCCUUCGACAUAUAGACAGUUACUCUAUCAAAACAUAGAGAGAAACUCCAUUGUAGAAGACUUUCCAAGCUCUAAUACAACUGACUCGUGGACUAAGGAUCAUUAACGCCCCAACCACGUAAAAACCUUGUGUUAAUCUUCUAUAUUUCAUAUCUUUAUUCUUAGCUAAUAUUCAUUAGUGUGGUUUCCGAAAAUCUCGGUAAACAUACACCAUAAUCAUGUACCUAUCAAAUGGAGUAUGAAGGAAAUUGACUUCAGAGACUACGGCAAAGGGAUUAUGGGAUAAGAUGAAAUUUUUUUAUUUAAAGCCUUCUGUUUCUAACAAAAUUAAUUUACUUGAAAGACUUUAUGGUUUUAGAAUGAAUCCUGUUAUGUCUUUAGAUGAAAACAUUAACAAAUUU